AAGGACACGUCGAUUACCUCCGGUGAAGAAAAAUGUACUCCAAUCUCAUUUUUAUUGGAACUGGAUUUGAUUUGAAUCUUCAUUCAUUGCCCCUUCGACCUCUUCCAGAGCCACUACCACCCUAACACCGACUCUUCAAUAGUUAAAUCAUCAUUAUCACAUUAAUUAAUCAUAUUAUUAUACUAACAAUCUUUUAAUUAUCUAUAAACUCAUCAAUCAAUGCCUUCUUCAGUUCACAGAUUAACAAUGGCAGCUAUCGCUAACUCCUUAUCACUCAAACACACUCUCGCAAUUCGCUUCCCACAAACAACAACUCGAACUCGUCUUUCUUCCACUUCCCGAACCUUCCGUAGAUGUUACGCUUCUUACGCAAAUGAAAAUCGCGAGUAUGUGAUUGUUGGCGGUGGAAACGCCGCCGGAUACGCCGCUCGUACUUUCGUCGAGCACGGUGUUGCCGAUGGUCGUCUUUGUAUUGUGACUAAAGAGGCGGUUGCACCUUACGAGCGUCCUGCUUUAACGAAAGCUUACUUGUUUCCUCCAGAUAAGAAACCGGCGCGUCUUCCUGGGUUUCAUACUUGUGUUGGAUCUGGUGGAGAAAGGCAAACUCCAGAGUGGUAUAAAGAAAAAGGGAUAGAGACGUUGUAUGAAGAUCCGGUAGAAAACAUUGAUAUUGAAAAGCAAACAUUGACAACGAGUUCUGGAAAGCUUCUUAAGUAUGGAUCACUUAUUAUUGCUACAGGAUGUACAUCUUCAAGGUUUCCAGAGAAAAUUGGGGGAAACCUUGACGGUGUCCACUAUAUACGGGAUGUUGCAGAUGCUGAUGCGCUGGUUUCAUCGUUGGAAAAAGCAAAAAAGGUUGUAGUUGUUGGAGGUGGCUAUAUAGGAAUGGAGAUUGCUGCUGCAGCUGUUGCUUGGAAACUUGAUACAACAAUCAUAUUUCCAGAUGAUCACUUUUUACAAAGAUUGUUCACUCCUUCUCUUGCCCGUAGAUAUGAAGAACUGUACCAAAAGAACGGAGUUAAAAUAUUGAAGGGUGCCUCCAUUAAGAAUUUGGAAGCUAGUUCUAAUGGUAACGGACAUGUAGCUGCUGUGAAACUUGAAGAUGGAUCUAUUGUUGAAGCAGAUACGGUAAUUAUAGGCAUUGGAGCAAAGCCUGCUGUCGGUCCUUUCGAGAGGUUGGGCUUGAAUACUGAUGUUGGUGGUAUACAGGUUGAUGGUCAGUUCCGGACAAGCAUUCCAGGAAUAUUUGCUGUUGGUGAUGUAGCCGCUUUCCCUUUAAAGAUAUACAACCGUGUUGCUCGAGUGGAACAUGUAGAUCAUGCUCGUAGAUCGGCACAGCACUGUGUGAAAGCGUUACUGAGUGCACAAACUAGCACGUAUGAUUAUCUUCCUUACUUCUACUCAAGAGUUUUUGAAUAUGAAGGAAGCACUAGAAAAGUAUGGUGGCAGUUCUUCGGAGACAAUGUCGGAGAAACUGUUGAAAUCGGAAACUUUGAUCCUAAAAUAGCUACUUUUUGGAUUGAAUCUGGUAAGCUGAAGGGAGUUCUUCUUGAAAGCGGGAGUGCUGAGGAAUUUCAGCUCCUGCCCGAGCUUGCUAGAAAGCAGCCUUCAAUUGAUAAAGCCAAACUUGAAAACGCAACCUCAGUGGAAGAGGCCCUAGACAUUGCUCGGGAAUCCUUGCAAGCCGUUGUCUAGAACAGAUGAAUGCUGUUAUUUAUCUUUUACGAAUAUAGAUCACCCGUGAUUAUUUGUCUUCACCCUCAACUAGGAUUGCUUGCCCCUUAGGAGAGCGAAUAAUUUUUAUGGUUUUCAUAUUUUUGUUACGCGGCAUCAUGUAUUACGCAAUAAUGGUUUUCAAGAGCAGUGUCUUAUUUUGAUUUCUUAAUAAUUAAAUAAACCUUUAAGUAAA